ACUUAUAUAUAUGUGAUGAAAACUUACUAAGAGUUGUUGUCAGCUUUAAUCGCGUUGACUCAACUGACUCAAAUGUUUAAAAAUUUACUGAAAGAUCUGAUCUCAUUUGUACUUAACCAUAUAUUGUGUAAGACUAAAUUCAAUGUUAAUUAUUAAAUAUGUUUUCAUGUACCAAUGUGUCGUUAUUUAAAAAUACACAAUCAUUAAGAAAAACGAUAAUAACAAUCAAUAGGCGAAAAAUUUUUGGAAUCUUCAUAUUAUGUGAAUAAAUAUUUAGCAAACAAUGGAGAUGGAAGAAAUUUAUAAUCUCACUAUUUUUCCAUUAGUUACGUCCAAAUUUUCAGUUCAAUGGUCUACAGAUAAUCAUAUAUCAAUUCUUACUGAAAGAGGAAUUCACAUAUUCGAAUUCAUACCUUCUCCAAUGUCUCCUUGUUCAACUAUAAAAUUUAUUAGAUCUUUCAUUUAUGCACCUUCAACACUUCCAACAGAGAAUAUAUCUAACAAAAUAGAAUCUAAAAUUUGGGGCAUGCAACGUGAAGCAGUUUAUUCAUUUAUAAUGGAGGAGAGUUUAACUCCAAAAUUAUCUAAUUUAAAAGAAAUGGUACCAAAAAUAAUUGACUUAACUUGGUCACCGCAGAACUUAAUACAUCCCAGCAAAUGUCUUAUUGCAAUUUUAACUUCAGCAGGUGCUGUUACAAUAGCAUAUAAAAUUUCUAAAGACUGGUAUCCUGCAUAUGAUUUAUCUUCUAUACACUAUAAUUUUAUAGAGCAAGAAAUUAAUACAAAACUGAAAGAAUCUAAAAAUAAUUCAACUUUAUUUGAAACAUUUAAAAAUUGUUUAAAAGCAUUACAAGCUUCUUGUUUUACUUGGAGCAAGCUUUUUGAAAAUUUUGCAUAUUUUGCUGUUGCAUAUUUCAAUGGAGAUAUAAUUAUCUAUAAAAUUCCAAAAAUAUCCGACUAUAAUGAAAUAUCAAAUCCUGAGAUUAUAGGAACAAUAAGAUUAAAUGAAUAUAUAAAAAUAAGUGCUUUAAAUUGGGUUACAAUUGACAUAAAAAAGCAUUUAAUUAUUGUUGGAUAUAUUGAUGGACGUAUUCAUGGUCUUAAUAUUGAAGAUCGUGAUCAGAAUAUGGAGCUAAAAUUUAUUGAGAAAUAUUAUGAUUAUAAAGAUCGUAUUUCUAUUAGCGCUAUAAGAAUAUUUCCUCAAAAUGACUUGAACAUAAAAAUCUUAGUUGCAAAAGGUCCCUUUUUGUUUUUAUUCUGCAUUGAGAAAAAUGGUACACUAAAAACUAUGGAACAUUUGCAAUUAGAAGGCUUCACGAUCUCGGGAAUGACUUGUAUAAGCACAAAUUAUGCAUUAGUCACUACAGAAAAUGGCUUAAUGUUUUCAGUUAAUACGGAAAGAAAUCAAUUUUUAAAAAAGAAGGUAAACAAUAAAUUAUCGCAAAGUCAUGUUCGAUAUUUAGGUUGCGCACAUUCUCCAAGCUUUGUAAUUUUUAUAAACGUAACUAGUCCGAACACUAUAUACGACCAUUUAGUAAUGAAGGAACCGACCAAAAUACAUAUGUUCUGCUUAAAACAUAAAAACUGGGACCCAUUAACUGUUUUAAAUGAGAACAAACAUGAGAGAUUAGAGCAAUUAUGGGAUUGUUUAGAAGCGAUUAGGAUGAAAGCAACAAGAGCAUUAAAUCCGACGAUUCUUUUAUCAAAAGUACCAUCCAAUUUAGAAUCUUUAUCUUUGCAUGAAUUACGAGUAGUAAUGUGGUCAUCUGUGAUGAUACAAGUUUGUGAAAAGAAAAAGGUCAUUCAGGGAAUAGGUAGUAUUGCUGGAGAAAUAUCAGAAGCACAACCCUUAAUUUUUGUUCACUCUGCAUGCAAUUAUCUUAUGCGUCUUGAAAGCAAAUCUUCUUUGUCAGAACAGCAAAAGCUUUCCAUAUGUUUAUUAAAGAUGCAUUUAGAAGCAUAUUUGACUGGAGAAGAAAAUAAAAAAGUAACACCAUUUUACAAACAUAUUAAAGACGUUUUAAAAGAAACAUGCAAACUCAAUUUAAGUAAUAUUGAGACUUGCAAUCUGUGUGGUGAAAUUAUAAAUGAACUUCCUUGGAAAGUUACCAAAUGCUCACAAGGCCAUAUAUUACCUAGGUGUCCUAUUACCCUCUUGCAAAUAACUACCAUGCAGUACCGAACAUGUCCAAUAUGCAGUUUAAUUUUUCAUCCAUGCUUGGAAAAAGAGUUUGAAGAAACAAGAUGUCUUUUUUGUGAUGUUCCUGCACUUGAAGAAAACCGAGUGCUGAAUACAAAAUGUUAUAUUCCGAAGGAAAAAAGUUUGUCCAGUUUACAAAGUCAUACUCUACAGAUGUCAGAAGAUCGAGAAAUGGAUACAGUUGCUGAUGAAUCUUAAGACAUGUAAAUAUAAAAAUAUAUCUAGUAAUAAAUGAUAUAGGUCGUUCAA